AUGGCAGAGUCGUCUAUAGAUGUGGAGGCCCCACGUAUCCACAUUGUCAAGAAGUCAAUGUGGCAGUCUAUCUUUGAUAACCCCAAAGUCCUAUUCAUCGCGUUCUUUGCCUCAUUCGGUGGUUUCGAAUAUGGAUACCAGCAGGGUGUCCUCGGGCAGUCCUUGGUGAUGAGUCGCUUUGUUGAAAACUUCCCGACUGUCGUCGCAUCUUCAACCGCAACAGGUUGGUUGACCUCUGUUCUCCAGCUAGGAGGUAUUGUCGGAUCCCUCACAGCCGGAAUCCUGGGCGAGAUCAUCUCCCGCAAGUACACCAUGUUUAUCGCCUGUUGCUGGGUUAUCCUAGGAAGUUACUUGUACGUCGGUGCGACCGCUGGAAACCCCUCUCUUCUGUAUGCUGGUCGCUUCUUCACUGGCCUUGGCGUGGGCUUGUUUAGUGGCGUCGGCCCACUGUACAAUGCCGAGCUGGCAGCCCCAGAGAUGCGUGGACUGUUGGUUUCUUUCUAUCAGUUUGCCACGAUCCUGGGAAUCAUGAUCUCCUUCUGGGUUGGAUAUGGCAGUAACAAUAUCGGCGGGACGGGUGCGACACAGUCCGACUUGGCAUGGCGUCUGCCGUCUAUUAUCCAGGGUAUUCCCGCCGUAUGUCUGGCGUGUGGGAUCUGGUUUAUGCCAUUUUCGCCUCGCUGGCUGGUAAAGAAGGGUCGUGAUGAAGAGGCACAGACUACGCUAGCAUGGAUGCGAAAAGUGCCGGUUGAGCACGAGCUGGUUCAGGUUGAGUAUUUGGAGAUUAAGGCCGAGGCCGUCUUUGAGGAGCGCGCAUUUGCCAAGGCAUUCCCCAAACUGGCAGAGCAUGAGAGAAAGAGUGUGCUUAUGAAUCAGAUUGCGCAGUAUGCCAAUUGCUUCCGCACGAUGGACAAUUUCAAGCGCGUGACGACUGCGUGGUUGAUCAUGUUCUUCCAACAGUGGAGUGGUAUUGAUGCCAUCAUUUACUACGCCUCAAAUGUCUUUGUCAGCCUUGGUUUGACUGGUGGUACAAUUGCUCUUCUCGCGACUGGCGUGACCGGCGUGGUGUUCAUUGUCAGCACGAUUCCUGGAAUGCUUGUCAUCGACAAAAUUGGCCGCAAGCCCAUGCUUCUCGGUGGAUCGGCAGUUAUGUUCUGCAGCAUGGUCAUUGUUGGAGUGAUCGUGGCAAAAUUCCAGCACGACUGGCCAUCGCAUGUGGCAGCUGGUUGGACUGCUGUUGCUCUCAUCUGGCUGUAUAUUGCAGGAUUCGGUGCUACCUGGGGUCCCGUGUCCUGGACUCUGGUAUCGGAGAUCUUCCCCCUCUCUAUCCGCGCCAAAGGCGCCUCGAUUGGCGCUUCAAGUAACUGGAUCAACAACUUUGCCAUCGCCUUUUUCGUCCCGCCAAUGUUGCAGGCUUGGGAGUGGGGCACUUAUAUCUUCUUCGCGGCAUUCCUGGCGGUUGGUAUUGCUUGGGUUUGGUUCUACUUGCCGGAGACCAAGGGGACAUCUCUGGAAGAGAUGGACCGUGUUUUCAAGAGUAACACCGGCGAGCGGGAUGCUGAGCUGAUGCGUGAGGCGCAGCGGGAUGUUGGGCUGACUGAUUUCUUGGAACGCAUGGGUGCUGCGACGGGACGGGACCUGGAGAAGAAUGGACCUCAGUAUAUUGAGAGUCUGUAG